AUGGAGGGUAGUUCUAAUGCCACUUCUUAUUUGAUGGCUUUUGGAGAAAACAGUGGUGGGUUAUGUCCAAUGACGAUGAUGCCUUUAGUGACUUCUCAUCAUGGCGCUCAUCAUCCAAUACAUCCUAAUAAUAAUUCUAAUACUAAUGCAAACACAAACUGUCUCUUCCUUCCCAACUGCAGUAACAGUGGAAGCCCUUCUAUCAUGCUAGACAAUAACCACAACACCACCAAUAACAACAGCAACAACGCUGGGUUAGGGUACUAUUUCAUGGAGAGUGACCACCACCACCACCACAACAACAAUGGAAGCUCAUCUUCCUCUUCUUCUUCAGCUAUCAAGGCUAAGAUCAUGGCCCAUCCUCACUAUCACCGUCUCUUGGCAGCAUACGUCAAUUGUCAAAAGGUUGGAGCACCACCUGAAGUAGUGGCAAGGUUAGAAGAAGCAUGUGCUUCUGCAGUGACGAUGGCAGGUGAAGCAGCUGGAUCAAGCUGCAUAGGUGAAGAUCCAGCUUUGGAUCAGUUCAUGGAGGCUUAUUGCGAGAUGCUGACCAAGUACGAGCAAGAACUCUCCAAACCCUUAAAGGAAGCCAUGCUCUUCCUUCAAAGGAUUGAGUGCCAGUUCAAAAAUCUCACAAUUUCUUCUUCUGACAUUGCUUGCAAUGACGGUGCUGAUAGGAAUGGAUCAUCUGAAGACGAUGUUGAUCUACACAACAUCAUAGAUCCACAGGCAGAGGACAGGGAAUUAAAGGGUCAGCUUUUGCGCAAGUAUAGCGGAUACUUGGGUAGUCUGAAGCAGGAAUUCAUGAAGAAGAGGAAAAAGGGAAAGCUACCUAAAGAGGCAAGGCAACAAUUAUUAGAAUGGUGGAGCAGACAUUACAAAUGGCCUUACCCAUCUGAAUCGCAGAAGCUUGCUCUUGCAGAGUCGACAGGUUUGGAUCAGAAGCAAAUUAACAACUGGUUUAUUAAUCAAAGGAAACGGCACUGGAAGCCUUCAGAGGACAUGCAGUUUGUGGUGGUGGAUCCAAGCCAUCCACACUAUUACAUGGACAAUGUUCUGGGCAAUCCCUUUCCCAUAGAUCUCUCCAACCCCAUGCUCUAG